AUGGCUUUCCGUUUGUUGACCAAGGGCGCUACCGCUGCCGCCGUCGCACGUCCUGCUAUCAUUACUUCUCGCCAGGCUCUUGGUGCUGCUGCUGUCCGUGCGUACAGCACUCCCAAGGAGGUCGAGCCUAAGCAAAAGGCUGCCAGCAUCAUUGACUCCCUUCCCGGUAACUCUCUUGUUUCCAAGACCGGUUUCGUUACCUUGAGCACUGGUUUGGCUACUUUCCUUAUCUCCAAGGAGAUCUACGUCUUCAACGAAGAAUCCCUUGUCCUUCUCUGCACUGGUGCUUUCUUGGGUGUCCUCCUCAAGUACUUGCGUGAGCCCUAUGUCAACAUGGCCGAAGAUCACAUCAACCGUAUCAAGAACAUCUUGAACAAGGCUCGUCAAGAUCACAAGGCUGCUGUCCAAGACCGCAUUAACGAGGCUGGUCAAAUGAAGGACCUUGUUGAUGUCACCAAGUCUCUCUUCGAGCUCUCCCGUGACACCGCUCGUGUUGAAGCUGAGGCUUUCGCUCUUAAGCAACAAGUCGCCGUUGCCCAAGAAGUCAAGAGCACUCUUGAUUCGUGGGUUCGUCAUGAAGCCAGCCUUCGUGAGCGUGAGCAAAAGCAAUUGGCUGCUUACUUGAUCGAGAAGGUCCAAAAGGAUCUCCAAGACCCCAAGGUUCAACAACAAAUCUUGGAUCAGGCUGUUGCCGAUAUCCAAAAGAUCGCCAAGUCUGCCUAA